AGGCAAGCAACGGCCAUCCGAGCGACCAAAGUCAAAGACAAGCAAAAGGGCAGUCCCCACUUCUGCUCGUAUGUGUUACGAUGCAGUCGUGUUUCUUCUUGUGACAACUCCCAAUAAUUGUCCUAAUGAGUACCCCGUGCACACAAAUCGUCUUGCAAUACUUACCGUGCAGUGCACGAAGUGGCGAUCUUUCUCACUUUUGCGCGUAUCGCCAACGGCCUGGUUGAAAAAGUGAAGUAUUGGAAUUAUUUGCGUUGUCAACUGCGUCGCUUCCACCGGAGAGCAGCAUCAGCAAGCAGCGUAUUUGCUUGUAGCGCCCAGCAAUACGUUGGUAUUGUAGUGGCUGCUGGCAGUGGGAAGUAUGCUCUUGGAGCAUUGGUCGCAGUACUCCUACUAACCAACUGCAGGAUAAUAUUUCAAGUUCGAGAAAGGGGCUGGGGAGUGCGACGCACCCGAGACGGCCUGGCACGAUCCGGGAGAGUUCUGUUGCUGCGCGCACAGCUAGCUCCGAGCCUCCUAGAUCCUCCGACCAACAAGCGGUAGAUCUACACUGCGUCAUCGUCAUCUGGAGCAGCAGCGGCAGUGUCCUGUAGUGACUGCCUUUGCAAGCGAAAGGAGCAAUGGCAUGCUGUGCGUCCAACGGUGGAGAUCCGGACUCCAAGAAACGCAGCGAUGAUAUUGACAAGAUGCUGAUAGCACAGCGCGAUACUCUAAGGAGAACGGUAAAAGUGCUGCUACUGGGAGCUGGUGAGUCGGGAAAGAGCACCUUCUUGAAGCAAAUGCGCAUCAUCCAUGGUGAAGAUUUCAAGGAAGCCGACUGCGAGGAAUUUCGGUCUACGAUCUACACCAAUAUAAUGAAAGCGGGCAAAGUUCUAAUCCAGGCCCGCGAGCUCCUAUCGGACCCCGAGAUUCCGUGGGGCGACGAGGGCAACGCAAGACAUGCGGACCUUAUUGCCGCUGCGCCUAGCAAUGUGGAGCAGUACAGUGAUAUGGCACCGUAUUUCGCGGCAUUGGAGGAGCUGUGGUUGGACUCUGGCAUUCAGGCGACGUUCGCCAGACGGAGUCAAUUCCACAUCGGUGAUUCAACAGAGUACUUCUUCAAGCAGAUAAAGACACUAAGCUCACCGGAAUAUCUACCAUCCAAGCAGGAUGUGCUCUGUUCCCGUAAAGCGACUCGGGGAAUUCACGAGUAUGACCUUGCCGUCAAGAAAGUGCCGUUCAAGUUUGUAGACGUCGGUGGACAGCGAUCGCAGCGGACCAAGUGGUUUCAAUGUUUUGACGACGUGACGUCCAUACUCUACCUCGUGUCUAGCAGCGCAUUCGACACCACACUCGUCGAGGACCGCACCACCAACCGCCUAGUCGAGAGCCUGAAGAUAUUUAACACGAUCGCUAACAACCGCUGCUUCAGAAAUGUCUCGAUAAUCCUCUUCUUGAACAAGUCGGAUUUGCUGGAGCAGAAGGUGAAAGUGGUCAACAUCGCCGACUACCAUGCUGAUUUCCCGGCGAGUUCGGAUCCGCACAACCUGAACGAUGUGCAAAAGUAUUUAGUGUCUAGGUUUGGCCGUGAGCGCAAGGACAGCGAGAAACUGCUCUUCCACCAUUUCACAACGGCAACGGACACGAAAAAUAUCAAGUUUGUCUUUGAAGCUGUUCGCACCACCAUCCUCGAAGGUAACCUUGAGGAGCUGAUGUUGGACUGAGACAAACUGGAUCUGUUUCGUGGUUCGAUCUUCUAAGUUAAAUGAGUGUAGCGUGAUGCAGACUUGCUGUGCACCACAGCAUUGGUACGUUAGGCUUGGUCUCGCUAGGCUGGCAGCACAACGUAUCCGCAUUGUUCAGCACCGUCAGCUCAAGUUGGCCAACCCGCUGGAAGCCUGUGCCGGAAUCUUGGCGGACGGAACAUGUGCUGUGCUGGCCAACGUUUGUGUGCAAAACUCCUCUUUGUUUUGCACCUUGCAGCAACUGCAGAUGUGUUUGUGUGUGUGGCUGUGCUUCCCGUGCUGCAUAGCUGCUCAAGCUGUGUCUUCUGCCAACAAGAACCCGUUUGUUGGCAAACAAAUGUAGCUCUUCUUUGUCUAGAUGUGGGCGUGUUGUCUUGUGACUGAACUAGGUUGUAGUAGUUCAACUUGUGUGCUCUGACUAGGGUAUUUCUAAAAGUAUACCAUGCCUUAUUGUUCCAUUGGAAUAGACCAUGAUCAAAUAGAGCGAUCAAUGAUUAUGUAGUAGUCUUAGAACCUACAAUCUCAUGCCAUCACACGAUUACACGCGCCACUCACCGUUGAGACCAAUUGCAAUUCUGUUAGAACUUUGACGACUCGAAUCCUGUUACCACAGCAUUGCUGUGGCACACUGAACCGCGUGCAGCGUUCAGGAGGUGCUCUGUGCUGUAUUUGUGCGCGCUGUCUGUCUGACUGACAUGCACCGCGUCUCUUGUAGAAUAGCCGGCCUUCGUUGAACUCUUUCUCUUGCUCAAUAGCCAGCCUGAUGCAGGACUUCACUAACAGUGCAGCUAUUCUUCGUUCCGAUUUGUGACUGGAGGUGGUCUCGUGCUUAUUAACUUGUAUAUACUCAGCGACCGCUAUCUUAUCGUAGGCCGGUUUGUCAGAACGUAACUGUGGGAAGCUGUGAAUGCAUGCAAUUGUGUUCUCAUUUCUAAUUUACGCCAGUUCCCGUAUUUCUCUGUCCACGACCUUCUUAUGAUAGCCACUAUACUAAAGGCUAUUGCUCACAG